AUGCUGAAUCUUGUUGCUUAUGACGCAAGUGAUUCGGAACAGGAGUCUGACCGUUCCGAAAGCGACGAAAAUUGCAUUCAUGCUGAAGUGGUUAGCAAUCCCAAGAAGGGCGUGAAUAUAGUUGAAAAGCGUGAAGCCGUUGACGAAGAUUGUCCUGAAGUGAACGUUCACAAGGAAGUCAGUGAUUCUGUGGCAGACACUCUUGAAUCGGCCAGCUCGGGAGGAUGGAGCGUUCUGGAUUGUUUACCUUCUGCGGCUCCGAUUCAUUCAGCAAAGACGAUAGAUAGCGAGAGUCUUGGUGAUAAUGAAUUGGAGGAACUUGUGAAGCGUAAGCAAUGGGAAAUUAAAUUGGCCAAGAAAGCUGAGAAGGAGCGACGUAAGAAGGAGAAGAAACUCAAGAAAAGAGGCGUGAAGAAAAGGUAA